UCCUAGAAUAGACCUUUGGGUUGCUGCGCUCACUGGUAAAUAGCACUUCCUGAGCAGAUGUCCGCUGUGAGAGUCACCCUGAAGAAUACAGCAGCAACUAGUCAGAUUCGGAAUGAGUAGCGGCCAAUGUGCUAUCUUCUGCAUCGAGUGGAUGUUCUCAUGUGCAAAAAAACGUCAUCUUCUCGUGGGCAUAAGAAACGUCCAAAUUUUGUAGCUUCAUUAGGGGCAUAUUGUACUAGGUUUUACGUACCAGUCGUAUUUGUAAAUAGUUCCUCACUAUGUUUGUUU